CCUUGGAAUCCCCUUGAUCACACCGGCAGUCAGCCUUGAAUUGGAUGCCGUUGACUUUAAAUUCAUUCAGAUCAAACCUGGCCAACAGUCAUGAUAUCCAUUCAAGCUCUUUGUGUUCUUUUUUUUGGAAGCUUUGUAUACCUUGGCAUUUGUGAUGACAAUGUCACCCUGGCGGUCGAAAUCCCAAUUGACGCGAUCAAUAAUGACUCAACACAUUCAACAUUGGACACAAUGGCCGAAGAAAAUAAUACAUUAGCGGCUUUGAAUAUCAGCUUUGAAGGAAUGGUGGAGCAAUUCACUACCCUAAAUCUCACUGAGGCAGAUACUUUGCCUAUUCUGAAUGGCUUCCAAGAUUUUUUUCAAAUUGUGUGGAAUCUUUUUUCAGAGUGCUUCUCAAAGAAAGCCCUGAAUGUCACUGAAGCUCAAUUCAGUGGUAUUGUUGACAAUUCAACCAGUUCCUAUUACACGACCUUGCAAGGAUUUGGAGCCAAAAUUUUGAGCUUGAAAACGGCUUUGGGGACCUUGGAGAGUGAAAGCGUUUCCACGGUUGCUCCAAUGUCGGGUGCAUUGUCAAUCAUCAAUGGAACAAAUUCUUCACCGUCAGACGUUGCUUAAAUCAGCUGACCAUUUUGCCCUUCAAAUAUUUUAUAUUGUAGAAUGCACUAUUUUCCAGGCUCUCCUUCAGUUUCGCUGUUGUAAUGAAUCAAUAACUGAAAUAUGAAUGUGUCAAUAAACUAAAAAAACGA